AUGCUUUUUCAAACGCAUAUAACCCCGACGACGCAAACCACGUUGGAGGCGGUUGAACUUUGCGACUUGAAUGCCAUUUGGCCCUCUGCUGCUGGCAGCCUUGACCGCGAGGAUUUCAGACAGCGAAUGCGAGGAAGAGGGGCCACAAGCGAUCGUGCCAUCGACUCUGUCUUCAAUGCUUUUACUGGUGGCACAUAUUUGAUAACCAGGCGGGACGAAGCACAAGAGCUACUGCAAGCAUGUCGUGCUGGCGGCAAGGCAGAGACUGGACCAUUAGGGCCUGGCCUUCUCAGUGUGAUUUCCAUGGCCAAAGCUGCCCUGGCAUUGGUACAGCCACUUCACAAUAAGCCCCUGAAGGCCCAUGGACUUGUAACCCUGGCCCAGAGCUACGAGCAUGCGCAGAAAGGCGAUCACAUGAUGCGCGCAGCCCGUGCCGCUGUGGAGGCCUAUCGGCAGUUGGCUGACAAAAGAGGUGAAGCCAAGGCUCUGCACUUUGUGGCAGCUGCUGCUGGUCUCAACAAUGACUUGAAUGAGGCUGUGCGAAGCUCCAGCCAGGCCUGUGCCUUGUACCAUGAGCUCCAACUGCAUGCUUUAGAGGCACCUGCGGGGCACUUGUCAGUUUCUUGA